AUGAGUGUAUAUGUCUUACACGGCUGGUCCAGAGCGCCAUCUUUGGAGCCCCUAAAGGCCCCUUACUCAAAGUUUGAAUUUCGGAGUCCAGAGUGGUUGUUGUCUCAGGUUCGGUGGAUAGCAAGGCAGUUGUUAGAUGCCGUGCUCUUCCUCCAUCGGAGGGGCGUUGCAAUGAGAGAUCUCUCCCUGGAAAACGUGCUGGUUUUCCGUUGCGAGGCUACAGGGGCCAUAGUCCCUUGCCUCACGGAUCCUGGCCAGGCAGUGGUGGCCUUGCCCUCUCUUACAGCGGCGUCGCUUGCUGCAGAGCAACAGCAGCAGAAACUGAGGGAAGAUGAGCCUUUGGAGUCGCUAAAGCCCGCAGCGAUAAGAGACACCGAUGCCAUUGUCGCGAGGGCGCUCCAAGAUGGCUCCCCAGGCGGAGUGAUGCUGCCUCCCAACAAACUCUUUGGGAAGAGCUUCAGGCCCCCAGAGGUUUACUCGCGCAGGCCGUAG